UGCUCAUCUGUACAAUUGAGAGAUGCCCUGGUGGAGGUCUGCGCUCUCCGAGUGCUUUUCUGGUUCUCAAUGUUUUGACGUCCUUUAUGCACAAUAUUAGUGUUGUCAUUGUGCAACUUCAGGGCUCUGAUUAUUUUCUUUUGUCACGCUGUUUUUUCCCAGCUCGAUUGAUAUGCCAGCUUUAAACUGUGUUGCUACUGAGAUCUGAGCAAACUUACAGGAAGUGUCAGGACACUUUUAGUUUGGAAAGAGGUCAGCAGAUUGUUUUAUUUAUGGAGAGGUAGGCCAGUCACCCCCUGUAAUUAUGAAUGCACUCUUGACCAGUUUGGAAUAAACCCACCACUCGUCCCAACUUCUUGCUCCACACCCAUCGUCUGUGAACAUUCUGACCCCUUUUGUACUAUUCUCCUGUGGUAGAGGAGCUGCAGCAGGCAGUCUAUUAGUAGUGCUGUUGAAAAAAUUGAUUCGCUGAUUUUAAAUCGAUUCUCAUUUAAAUUUCAAAAAAUCAAUUCGCACAUCAAAAGAUCGAUUUUUAUACACACAUAUAUUUUUACAUUUAUUUUUUCCUGGGUGAACUUUAACCCCACUAAUGACGUGACUCGAGCAGGCGCGGUGUGAAGAUACUGCGAGUUCUCUUAACAACAUGGCGUCGGGCGGUAGCUGUGCAGUUAGCCAAACUCCGGAUUUGAAAAGGCCAGAGUCGCUCAAAGCGGAUAUCUGGAAUUAUUUCAGGUUUAGGAACGACGAUUCGAGAAAGGAGCUUGACAGGAGCAAAGCCAUUUGCAAGAUAUGCCAGAUGGAGGUAAAGUUUUGCGGAAACACGACCAACCUCAGGAACCACAUGCAGCGACACCACCAAGACAUCAUGUCCAAGGCCGCCGGACUGCAACAAAACAAACUUAAGGAAGCUCUACAACUACCAGCUAGCUCUCCACGCGCUAACAAAAUAACCGAGGCGAUAGCGGGCUUUAUUUGCAGUGCCAUGGUCCCGUAUUCCGUUGUUGAAAACCCGGGCUUCAGGCGGCUCAUCAAGACAGUGAGAAACCUUGUUGCUGCUGUGUUGAAGGAAAAGGGGUCAAAUGGGCAAAUUACCCUCUCCUCCACUAAGGGCCCAGCCUUGGAGGCUCUGUGGCAGCAGUGCUGCAGUGACUGUGCACUGGUGCGUUCUGCCUGCUGUGAUGCUGUGGUUCUGUUAGUGGAUCAGGGCCAUGCAGACCUGCACUACAUCCUUAACUGUGUCCUCAAUCUCCUGCCUUCUGCCAGAUGCAGGCUGACCGGCGGGACCGAGAAACACACUUCACCUGUCCUUAUUCCAUCAGGAGCAGUCCACACCCAUAUAUCACAGCUCUGGAGAACCGAGCAGACUGCUGGCCAGCUCUGCUUUUGGGGAUUGAUGACUUCAUUUGGCAGGCUGCUGACAGAAAUAAAUCCACUUACAUCACCAUGCUGGUGCCCUUCCUGCGGUACCUAUACUGUGAACCUCAGAGGCAGUCUCAGCAUGCCCUCCUCCGACACAGCCUCCUCAGGGUGCUGCUGUCCAUACAGCCAGGAGCUGUGUCACCCUUUCAGAACCAAGAGAAGACCUCAGCAGUGUCUGACAGCCUGCUGCUCUGCCUCUGUCAGUUGGUCCCACACAUGCAGAUGGGCACCAGCACACUUCUCCUCCAUUCCUCGGGCAUCUUCUCACUAUCUAAGAUCCUGUUCAACAACCCAGUCAGAAACUCUACUGCUACCUCUCCGAGACACCUCCAUACCUCCACAGGUUGACAGCAUGGAGGCGGUGCUCGAACUGUGUGGAUUUGUGGACACUCUGCUUCAAGGUCUCAUCAGGGCUUCUGGAGAUCGCUGGAAAACCGAGAGAGCUGGGAUGCUUCUACAGCUGCUGUGUGCCUGUCAACGAUGCCUGAAGUUAAAUGGAGACUGCCGGCCGCUCCUCAACUUAAUACAGCAGCUUCUGUCUUCCUGCCAACAGGAGCUGCCAUUGGAUGAGCUGAUGAUGGCUGUGGCUCUGCUCCUGAUAGAGGCUCCUGCAGCUCAGCAAACCAGCCUGCUCAGUCUUGCACUGAGUUUAGCCCCCGAGCAGGCCAAGCUGCCGCCCUGGUUGAGUCCAGUCCUGGUCCUUCCUGUGCUGCAGCUCCUUUCCUGUUCAAGUUUCACUGAACCACUGGCUGACCAGAGGACACACAACCUCAACCACAGUCUGGCCAACAAUCUUCUAAGCAGCAUCAGCAGGCCCACAGAUAAGCCACGACAGCCUGGCCCUCCAUUGGCACUUCCUCUCAGUCCGUGGUACAGCGAGCUCAGCGUGGCUUUGUCCAUCCUGCACAAAGUGGCCAGCAAUCCAGCAGCAGCAGCUGAUUGGCUGUUGGCGGUCAGCUCAGCCCUGUCAUCCAGCCAGCGCCUGCCCUCCUCCCUCCUCCUCAUUGUGACCCAUCUAAUCGUCACUGGUCAGGAAGACGUUUGCCAGCUGGCUUUGAAAGCAAGCCAGGCCAUCGCUGGUGCCGACCCCUGCCAGGUUCCUUCCCUCAUUCCUGUUCUGUUGUUCAGACUGGCCAAAGAACAGAAUCCAGGCCUAGCUCAUGCUGUGCUGAACUGCCUGCCAAACCUCGGGACUCAUAAGCUCUGUGUCCCUAUGGUGCUGCAGACUCUGCACAUGCUAGCCAGUGCCCCCAAGCUGAGAGGGGUGGCAAUGCGCCUCAUGACUGCUCUCUGGAAGAAACAGGACCGAAUCUACCCAGAGCUGCAGCGUGUCCUAGACCAGCAGGACAACAGGGUGGUGGUGGGGAAGGACACCCAGUGGGAGCAGAUCCUAGCCAGGGCCGCCUGCCUGAGAGACAUUUGCAGAGAGAGGCCUUACCAGCAUGGAGGUGACAUGUUGGCUGCCAUUAUACUCACUCUGAAGCAGUGUAACAGACCAGACCUGGCAACUCCUGCUGCUCUCGCCCUGCAAGGACUACAAGAGCUGUGUCGAGCAGAGGUUGUGGACAUUAUCUCCACAUGGAGAAAUCUUGGGCCUGAGCUGAGUUGCGACACCCGUCCACUAAUCAUGAAAGCCAUAGCUGAGCUUCUGGCUCUGGUUCCCCAGCUCUCUGUCAAGUCAGAGGAGUAUGAGAAGUUCACAGAGGAGGUGGUCAGCUUUCUCUGGAGUUAUGCCAUGAACAAGGAUCCAGAGCUGGCCAGCUGUGGCUACAAGGCUUUGGCAGAUUUCCCUGAAGCAGUUCACACUAUAACUCUCCUUCCUGAGGCUGCCAGACCAGCUACAAAGAUCCCUGAAAAUGAGGAGGAUGAUGACCAGAGUAAGGAGAAAGAGAAAGAGGACACGGAUCUCUCCAUCCCAGGCUCAUCUUAUGUAAAGUUGAUAGCUCUAACCUCCCCAUCUGUUAUACAAGCCUUGGAGCUCUUCCUGACAUCACUGGUGAAGCAGGAGAUGAAACGGAUGCCGCGUGGAGUAUAUUUCUCUGCCCUGAGGGGAGGUGGCCUGCGUUCAGACCACGGAAAAACGGUGGCAGGAAUCCCAUCGUUCAUGCUCAAGACCUACGAGAAGAACAAGCAGCCUGGGUUGAAGCCUGGACUAGCAGCUGGACUUCUGCUCUGUUACGAACUGCCUGUGCAGACGGACCGCGAAGGCAGACCAAUCAAUCGCUUCCUCGUCAGUCGAAGCCGCAGCUACCAGCAGACCCUUACAGCUCUCAUUCAUGAAGUAAACAUUCAGCCCUCAGAGUGGCAUCGUGCUCUCAUCCUGCCCCAUGCCUGGCAGGGUUUCAUGAGUCGAGCUUUCCACGCUGUCCUCCAGGGUCGACGGGCUGAUUUGGAAAUGCAGCGGAAACAUGGCAAAGAGAACCCAGAGGAGCUACAGUGCUGUGCCUGGCUGUGGGCCAGAGAUCAGCUGGCAGAUGUAAUUAAAGCUACUACUAAGGACAGUCCUGUUGUUCAGGGGAACUCCAUCCUGGCUCUGAGUGGCCUUGCUGCUGUUCUUGCCAAGUAUGAGAGCAACCUGCCUGCUGACAGCAACGACAGCCUUGGGGCUGGACCACAGUUUGUGCCCACUGCCAGCUGGUUGACGAUGGUCAUCGACACCCUGCUCAGCAUCAUCAGCAGCAGCUACAGGGCCAGCGGACAAGUUUUCCCAUGGUUCAUGCAUCGCUCCUACUCGGGUGAGAACACAGCGAGUGCUAUAGCUCGCUCCUGUGCCAGCCUGGCCUUGUCCCUGCUGGUGCCAGUGCUGGUGGUAUGGCAGAGGGACGGUCUCGUCGAGGUGCUGUCAGCGCUGCAGGCCGGUCUACCGGGCUCCCCCUCUGCAGAUGACUCCCAAGCUGUCCAGUUCCACUCUGGCCUCGCACUCGGCAUGGUGCUGUCCAGCCUGCACCACCAACACCUUAGUGAUGUUUCCACUCAGACGGACGAUCUCCUCCUCAGCUCUCUGGACACUCUGGAAAGUUGCUCAUUUAACCCGAACUUGGAAUACAAUGCUGGCUGUAUGUUGGGUCUGGGUCUGGUGCUCUCAGCCCUCUGCAGUAGUGGACAGAUGGAUCAACAUGUCCACAUCAGCCAAACCCUUGACAAACUACUGGCCAACCUGCAGGACAGCAGUGGGCACGGACGCAUGCUGCAGGAGGUUCUGGCAUACUCUGUGGCAUGUGUGAGUGUCUCGGCUUUCAGUGGAGGUCUUAUUAAUGCAGCCAAGGCUGAGGAGGUGAUGGACACUUUGCGAAGCCUGACAGAGGAGAGCCAACAGACCCCAGGCUUCUCCCUGGCUCUCGGGUUGGUAGUUCAUGGCUUGGCAAUGUCCAGCCACGGUAAAGCAGGAGACAUCCACCCUCGACUGCUGGCAGCUUGGAUCAAGAUCUUACUGGCUGAGGGUUGUCCCACAAUGCAGCGACUGGCUGCUGUCAAUGGCUUGGUGGCUUUGGUGGGCUCAGAGAGUUACCUCGUCCAGCUAAAGACCGAGUUGGAGCUUUCCUCCCAGCAGCAGAGCAGACUGAAUGAGGUUAUUCGUGCCAUCACACAGAUCAUAACAUUCUCAGGAACCAUUGGUUUGCAGUCCAACAGUGCCUGUUUAGUGGGCCAUUUGCAUUUGGCCCACAUGUCCUCCAGUCACAGUCACACAGCAGUCCCUCAGGAUUUUAGUUACCUCUCAGAGAAAAGUUUUAUCAGAUCCAUCACUGAUUUCAUCAUAGAGGCUGGAAAAAAAGGUUCGGAGUUCUCCCAUCCAGCUCUGGUUAAGACUGCUCUGACUCCUUUGGCAUCAGUUGGAGCCAGUUUCCAGUAUCCCCCCAUCAACUGGAGUGCCAUCCUGUCUCCUCUGAUGAGGCUGAGUUUCGGAGAGGAUGGGCAGCAUCAGUGUGUGGUGCUGGCAGCAUCUCAAGCUCAGUUUUCCCAGAGUGCUUCUCUCUUUCUGGGAUCCUGGCUGUCACCACCCCUUGUACACACCCUCAGUUACCAGACUUGGGCGCACCUCUAUGAGACCCUGGGCUUAUGGAUGAAGCACGUGCCUGAGGACAAGCUACGGGUCUAUGUGGAUAGUCUAGGCCUGCAGCAGUUCCAAGAGGACCUCCGACCCCAGCGUCUGUCCCUGUGCCGCUCUCUGCUGCAGGGCCUCACUCAGGCCAUGGCCCUCCCAAAUCCUCCCAACAACUGCUGGAGCAUUCUCUGCUCUACCUCCGAGAAGAUCUUCACCCUCCUGCCCAACCAAAUCCAGGACAGUGAAGUGGAUUUGUACGUGGGGAUUGCCAAGUGCCUGUCUGAGAUGUCUGACACAGAGAUCGACAGGAUCACUCGGGUCUCAAAAGCUCAGAUGGAAAAGACCUGCUUUGUCUUGGCUUACCUGACCUCUAGGGGCAGAAUUCCCCUCCUGUGUCUCAAUGAUGUCAUCAGCGGGGUGCUCCGUGGUUGGCCGAGCCACAGAGUGGGCUGGCUCCUCCUACAGACGUUUUACCAGUGUCGUCUGACUGCCAGCUCCAACACAGGCGUGUCCAAACGAAUGGAGUGGCUCCUGGAGCUGAUGGGAUACAUCCGAAAUGUGGCCUAUGGUGCAACCGCAGUGACAUGUGGAGACACCAAACUGGCCACCGACUUCCUAUUCCAGCUGUUUGCUGCUGCUGUAGUUUCCUGGGGUGACCACCUCAUGCCUCUCCUUCUCGGCAUCAGGGCCCAGUGGUUCCCAUGGAAACCAGAGUCCAAGCCUCCAGCUGUAGCACACAGUCUGUACAGUGAGGAGUCACUUACUGACCACACCGUGCCACAGUGCCUACUGGGAUUGUCCCACAGCCUUCUUCUGCUUCUCGACAAAGACCCCUGGAGCAAUCAGACACACAAGUUCAUAGACUGGCUUCUCAGCAUCACAGAAGGCCCUGAACAGAGUCUGUCCGACAGGACCGUCGGCACAGCCAAAGCUGCUCUGUUGGCUCUGAAGUCUUCCUCUGAGUUCAAGAAAAAAGCCGUGUGGACCAGAGCUUAUGGCUGGUAGCUGCAAUAUGCUAUUCUCAUGAUAACAUGUAUGGAGGGUCCUACAAGUCAAUCUGCAUUGGCCCUGCUUCUGCUCAUUGGACACGGACACAGUGAUGGAGAAAGUUGAGAUUUUUGUCAUCUGGAAGCUUAAACAGAUACUGUACUACUGCUGUGGCUCCACUUAAAUCACAUAUAGGAGCUCAAGAGGAAUGUGCUAUGUCAAAAUGUAAUUUUCAUCUAUUUAAUAUUCUUGAAGCACAUCAGACAAUUCCAUGACAUCAAUAAAUCAUCAUUAAAACAAA